GCAAUAUGUGUAUCGGUGUAUACCUUCGCCGUUCUAGUACUGAACGAACAAUUAUACCGGAGAUAAUUACGUUUAAUUAUGACGUACUUGCCGAUAUUGUGCGCCCUAGCGCUGACCAGUGUCCAAAUGUAUAUGCAGGUGCAAGCUUUAAAAGAAGAGGUUUCGUUGAUUGAAAACAAGAAUAUAAAUGUCAUCAUGAAUAUCAUGGAUACGCAGGAAAUAGCUAUGGAAUUAUGGAAGAUGAUAGAAGCCCGUCUGAGCAAUCGUACCAAUCAUCUCAUUAGUUCGGAGAGUACUAUCAAAGAACUCGAAAAGGCUGUGACACCCCUUGUAUCGCCUACUAGGAGGGGAACAUCACAGAGCGCUUUUCAAGUGGCGAGUCAACUCGAUAAGAUCACCCGAAGAGUGCUUACCAGAGAUACGCCGAACAUAGAUCUACUGGACGAAGAAAUAAUGACGAGGGACAUCGUGGCGGACAUGAUGAGUUCCUUAAAGAUGAAAACAAUCCAGUCGAAAAUCGAUGAGACGGACGUAUCUAGCAGAAGGGCAAUUCACAGUCCUAUAAAGAUACUUAGUGACGAGAAGGACGAUUAUGUGAAUGUCAGAAUCAAAAUACGCCGAAAGGAUAUUUUAGAUGCAAUUCAUUAAUUUGGCAUCAUUAUAUUUCUAUCAAAAAGAAAAGCGUAUUUGACUU